UUCCACGCGGGGAGAGAAUUUGGGGUAACGGGGAAGCUUUUCGCCUGCAGACUCUGACCAGGGCCCUGACUGCGCUUUGCAUGCCUCGCAAAAGCAUAUAAUGUGACGACGCCCGUACUCUGAAUAUCAUCAGGUCUAGCUCUACUCACUUGUUCUUCUCCAGCUGUCGCCAUGGCUCCUUCUGCUGCACACGCGACUGAGGGUGUCGCCUCCCCCAUGGACUCGACGAGCCUGAAGGCUGUACCGCCAUUCUGGAAGAGAAAGAACGGGACGCUGCUCUACUUCCUCCUCACCUCAUCUCUGUUGGCGAGCGCCACACUUGGAAUUGACGGGUCAAUGACUAACAACAUGCAAGUGCUGCCAGCAUGGCAAGAAAAGUUCGACCACCCCACGGGGUCAACGCUUGGGUUCUUCGGAGCCUCGAAUGCGAUCGGCGGCGUCAUUCCCUUCAUCUUCCUCAGCUGGAUUGGGGACAAAUUCGGUCGCAGGCUGCCAACCGCACUUGGAUCCGUCAUCAUCAUCGCUGGAGCCCUGAUCCAGUUCUUCGCUACCUCCCUCGGCAUGUUCAUCGGAGGCAAGAUCGUCCUUGGCUUUGGGUCCUCCUUGAUCCAGAUGGGUGCACCAGUGCUGGUCACAGAGCUGAGCCAUCCGAAAGAGCGCGUCCAGGUCACAACCUUCUACAACACCUCUAUUCCACUUGGCUAUGUUAUUGGGGCGUGGGCGACCUAUGGUACUUUUCGAAUCGACGGCGAGUGGUCAUGGAAACUCCCCGUGCUGGUUCAGAUCAUCCCCUCUGCAUACCAGCUCUCGCUCAUCUUCUUCUGCCCGGAAUCGCCACGAUGGCUUGUGGCCAAGGGCCAGCCGGAAAAGGCACGAGAGAUCCUCGUCAAGUAUCACGGCGAAGGCGAUCCGGAUUCAGAGCUGGUCAAUUUCGAGUACACCGAGAUCCAGCAGGUCAUCACCAAGGAGCUGGAACAGAAUAUGACCUGGAAGGAGUUCUUCUCGUCGAUCCCCAACAUCAAGCGGAUAUCUCUGUGCUUCGCGACAGCCGUCUUUAGCCAGAGCUCUGGAAACCUUCUGGUCUCCAACUACCUAACGCAGAUUCUCAAGGACACGGGCAUUGAAGCUGAGUCUGACAUCACGCUGAUCAAUUGUAUGGUGACCCUUUGGCAGUACCUCGUCUCUCUCGGUGUCACCGUGCUUAUCGAUCGUUUCAAACGACGGACAUUCUUCCUCACGGGAUCCGGAGGAGUUCUGAUCACUUUCAUCGCAUGGACAAUUGCCGCGCAGCAAUAUCUCGACAAGGACUCACUCUCCGCCGGCCGCGUCGUCUUGGCAUGCAUCUUCCUCUUCCAAGGCUUCUACACCUGCGCCUGGACAAACUUGGUCGUCACAUACCCCCUGGAGCUAGUGACAUACAGGAUGCGCGCAAAGACGUGGUCAUUCGUUCUGCUCACUAUCCAGGUCGCCUCCAUCUUUGGUGGAUAUGUCAAUCCCAUUGGGCUGGAGGGCAUCGGGUGGAAGUUUUACAUCUACUACUGUGUCUGGGUCGCGUUCGUGUUUGCAAUUGUCUACUUCUUCUUUGUCGAAACUUCUGGCCCGACGCUGGAGGAGCUUACGUUUUUGUUUGAGGGUAAGUCGGAGAUGGCGCGGACUAUCAAGGAGGUUAAGGAGGUCAGGGCGGAGCAUGCUGAGUGGGAGACCAAGAGUGUUUGAGAGAAUGGUUGUCGGGAUCAUAAAAGACAGCCGCUGUAACAAGUUUAUCGCAAAUAAUCAAGUUAUGGGUACAACCUACUUGUUGUCCAGAUGUGCAAAUCAUGCUGCAAGAAUGAUCCAACCAUACCUUUGCUAG